AAAGCGCGACUCCGACUUCAAUUAAUUUCUCCCAACAGUUCAUGUGUAACACAAGAGGAAGAAAGCUGCAAUUCUUAGGACAUCCCGCUGCACAAAGAGACAAACAACAACAACAACAGCUUUUCAACCUACAGCCUAAAGAACAACAAUAAAAAAUUCGCCCGGAAAAGCCGCGAGCUGUAAUAACGCAUUAACAGAGGAAAGUCAGCGGUGUAUUUGUGUUUAUUCGUCGACGGAGAGUAUACUCUGCUCUGAUUGGUCAGAUGUCCCAGUCUGUUGUGAUUGGUCUACUGCUGUCAGCAAGCAGCUGAUGAAGACCAGAGGCGGAGCUUUUUGUUACAAACCUAUGUAGGUUUGUACAGGAAAAGUGGGAGACGUAUUGACACCCGCACAUACAGAACCGCUACAUAUUAUUUCUUGCAUGGAGCCUGUCCAAUCAGAGAUGAGCGUCCUGGUUAACGGGAAAGGUCAUGACCUUGGCGAUGAUAUGAAUGUGCAGAUGAAGACAGUAAUAGACGAAGACCCAAAUGGCACUCAAAGCAGAUUUGAAGAUGCGGAUGGAAACCUGGCUGAAAAUGUGGAGUUUCUGCCCGGCGGUGAUGGCAAAAAGCAACGCUUCACUGAUUUUGAAGGGAAGACCUCUUUUGGCAUGUCCGUCUUCAAUCUCGGCAAUGCCAUCAUGGGCAGUGGGAUUCUGGGUUUGGCAUAUGCCAUGUCCAACACUGGCGUCAUCCUCUUUUUGUCCCUCCUCACAGCAGUUGCAGUUCUUUCAUCCUACUCUAUUCACCUCUUGCUAAAAGCCUCCGGUGUUGUGGGAAUCAGAGCCUAUGAGCAGCUGGGUUUCCGUGCUUUUGGGACACCUGGCAAAAUGGCAGCUGGAAUUGCUAUAACACUGCAGAACAUCGGAGCUAUGUCCAGCUACCUGUUCAUUGUAAAGUCCGAGUUUCCUCUGGUCAUUCAGGCGUUCUUGAGGGCAGAUGGCAACUCCGGAGAGUGGUACCUGAAUGGCAACUACCUGGUGGUUCUGGUCUCUGUAACUAUAAUUCUGCCUUUAGCCCUCAUGAAGCAGCUCGGUUACCUAGGUUACACCAGUGGCUUCUCUCUCAGUUGCAUGGUUUUCUUCCUCAUUUCGGUCAUCUAUAAGAAAUUCCACAUUCCUUGCCCAUUCGAGGAGUUCUCAGCUAAUAACACAGCCGUCCACCUGCUCUCAACAGCUUUGCCAAUGACUGACAUUCACCACGAUGGACAUGUGGUGGACGAUGCGCACUGCUCUCCUCGUAUGUUCACUAUGAACUCUCAGACGGCAUACACCAUCCCUAUUCUUGCAUUUGCCUUUGUGUGUCACCCUGAAGUGCUGCCCAUCUACACCGAGCUGCGCAACCCAUCUAAAAAGAAAAUGCAGCAGGUAUCUAACAUCUCCAUCUUCAUUAUGUACGUCAUGUACUUCCUCGCGGCCCUGUUCGGCUAUCUGACCUUCUACGAAAGCGUGGAGGCAGAGCUGCUGCACACGUAUAGCAGGAUUGAACCCUAUGACACUCUGAUCCUGUGUGUACGACUGGCUGUGCUCACAGCUGUCACGCUGACUGUGCCAAUUGUGCUGUUCCCGGUGCGCCGGGCCAUUCAGCAAAUGAUCUUCCCCAAUAAGACAUUUAAUUGGAUCCGUCAUAUCCUCAUCGCCAUCACCCUCCUCACGUUCAUCAACAUGCUCGUCAUCUUUGCACCCAACAUCCUUGGCAUCUUCGGAAUUAUUGGUGCUACUUCUGCUCCCUGCCUCAUCUUCAUCUUCCCUGCUGUCUUUUAUAUCCGCAUCGUCCCCAAAGAUGUUGAGCCCAUGCGUUCCACAUCCAAAAUCCUGGCUGCCUGUUUUGCUGGUUUGGGCGUGUUGUUUAUGACUAUGAGUUUGAGCUUUAUCAUCAUCGACUGGACUAUGGGAAGCAGCAGUACUGCUGGUGGCCACUAGAGGAUAGUUCAAGUUUAUGUGUGUGUGUGUGUGUGACUGAUAAGAGGAGUGUAUUGAAACAAAUUACUGUUAUAUAGCAGGUUGAGCGUGGCUCAGCUGAAGCACAUUUUUGUAUAUUAUAUGUUUUGUUUUUAGUCUAGCUCUCUGUUCCAGCACCAAACACACCUGAACCAGGUAAUCAACACAAAUACAAAAAACAAAACAAAAAAAUACAACAGUGAAACUAAAAUAGAAAUGAAAAUUUUAAUGGAUGAGGGCUCUUAACCGUUGGGGUUCUGGGUGCAUUAGAUUUCCAAGGUUAGGGAGAAAAACUAGCAGGCUAAUUGCCUUGAAUUUGCCAUGGGUUCUGAACCUUCAGGCUUCAGUCUCAAAUAAUUCAGUAUUAUCUUUUUGAAGGCAGCCUCAUUUUACUUCCAGAACGUUUUUUUUUCCCCCUCCAUCUGCCUUCAGUUCAAAACUCUUCAUUUUAUUCUACCAGAUCUUCAGCUAGCUCUGUAUAAAACAACAUUUUGUUAUGCUUCUGAUAGUAGCAUAGAUGAUGAUGAUGAUGAUGAUAAUAAUAAUGCAAAAAGAUAGAUUUUUACAUUUUUUUAAAUUUUUUUUUUUAUCAUCACCCAUAGGUGUGACAUGUUAUAGAAAGUUGAGAAACUUUAGUCUAGAAACUUUACUUAUGCUCUGCAGAAUGAAGCAUUGGAUCAAGUUCACAUGUUGGAAACUGCAUGCUGUUCUCCAAGAGACAGAAUAUUCAUCUGUAGUAGCUUUGGCUCUAAUAUGUGUUACCUCUAGUGAUCGUUCUGGGCAUUCCUUUGCUUCCUGCUCUCAAGUGUUAGCAGUGGAUAUAAGAGGAGUGUACGCUUGUGUGUUUUUAUAUACCAAUAUCAGCUGCUGUUAGAGAAACAGGUCUGCGGUGCUGAAGUCAUCUUAAAUAUAUCACGGUAGGACUUCCUUCAGUAUCGGAAAAGUGCGCAGUAUGGGAUUCAGUCAUACAUAAAAGAGAUUCAGACAUACAUAAUAAGUUAAGAAAUAUUUAUUAUGAGGUAUGAAAUAUUUUCUAAGUAUUAUGUCAAGAUGAGUUUUUGAACCACAAAUGUAUGCAGAUUGUAUUUAACCAUGUAAUCAUUUUCAGUAUUCAAAUGAAUUAAGUGAUUUAUGCAGACGGUUUAAGAAAAAGGUAUCUUGUAAAUAUCGACAGUUAAAUGAGUAAAAAUCAUGAAUGAAGAUAUACUCACGGAUUUUGACAGAAUAAGACAUGUAGGAAUGACGUGUUUGUGUAUUUUAUAUGGAUUAAACAAAACCUCACAUCCUCUAUUUUUGCUGUACCUGUGCUGUAUUGAGGUGUUUAAUGUGACUUGUGCCUUAUUGACGUUCUCAGUAAAGGAUCGUCUUUGAGCUUCGAGUGUAAUGAUUAGUGUUAGUUGUGUACCCCGAUCUGAAAUGUACUUGGUGUCUAUGGGCCUUUCUGUGCUGGGGCAGCAACAGUGACUAUUCACUUAUGCGGUGUUUAAUAUCAGUCGGUGUCGGUCACCGGUGCCAAUCGAAAGGGUUCUGUGUGUAAAAUUUAAAUCAAAAUAAAGCUUAGAUGUAAAAGCAUUCAACGUCUAGGUGUUGGAAAUGAAGAAGAAUGGCUUCCUAGUCUAUGGCCAUCACCUUUGUACAACAGGAACACUGCUUAAGUGACAAACUGACAUCUGUUGUUAGGAAAAGCAACUUUUUUUUUGCGCAUAGACCUUAGGAAGUAAUGAAAAGCAAAAUAUUUGAGUCCUUGCGGAUGAGAGUGGCUAACAGGUUGAGAUUCUCAUUAUUGCCCGUAUUCUGACUUGAAAUCUUUGGAAACGUCCGGCUGUUUCACUGAAAACUGCAUUCUAAUAUUAGUGCAAGAUAUUUACAGAUUAUCAUCACUAACAGGGUGAUGAAGACUAUGCUAUGAAAAACAAAGUAAUGGCUGUAGCUGUAUUUCCAUACAAAUACUUUUGCAUUAAGUGGUAUAUUGCAAAAUUGGGGUAUUAAAUUUAUGCUUGCUUGAUGUGAGGGAAAACAGUUAAGAAGAUUUUAAGAUAAUGAUGAAUGACCGAGAUCAUUUGGUCAGUUUUUUUUGUUUUUUUUUUUUUAAAUCCGAUAUUACAUUUACAAACGUUACUUUGCUUUUUUGUUUUUUUGAUUGUAGCAUAGAGCAGUGGUUCCCAACACAGCUCUUGAUUAUUGGCAUUUUGCUCUGUUCUGCUAACUUCUUCACAGGCUUUACUUUAUGAAGUAAAAGUGAUUUACAGACUUGACAAAACCAAGUCUGUUAACUCGCCUGAACAGGGACAGUUUUUAUUUUUCAUGUAUUUUCAAACUUCUUGAAACGUAUUGAAAGACAAAGUAGCUAUUGUUGAUGUAUUUGACCUAUUUGAUCUUUUUUCUAUAGACUGCAAAUCUGUUCUGUUCAUGUAACCAAAAACUGCUAAUACCCAUCAGGAAACCUGAGCUCAUACCAAAGCAUCUUUAACAUCCAGAGUUUUCAAUAUGUCAGACAGUCACUCUAUACAAUUAUCCCAUUGUUAAUUACGAUUAUGUUAAAUGCCAUGAAUUCAUGAUUAUUGCCUUUUUGUGACUACAUGGUGGUAAUACACAAAUGUAAACACCCCAUGCCUGUCAAGCUUGUAUAGUGUAAAUAGCAGAACUGGUUUUAGUUUAACAAUAAAGAAAAAUAUUUAGUUGUUUCUA